GUGAAGGUGGGAUAAUCAUGAGGUCAAUGACCUUGGUGAUCCAGAUGAUGGUUGCUAUUAUGAUGAUGAUGUUGGUUGCAGAUGGAGCUGAUAAAAACAAUAUCUUUAGUCCCUGCUCUGAUGCACGCAUUCAAAGAUUGGAUGGAUUUACCUUUGGUCUUGCAUUUUCAAGCAAAGAGUCCUUCACUUCCAAUAACACUCAAUUGUCUCCUUGUGAUCAGCGUCUUGCCCUCCAAAGCAAACAGUCUCAACUUGCUCUAUUUAGGCCCAAGGUUGAUCAGAUCUCUCUGCUUACCAUUAAUAGCAGUUCAUUCGAUCCGGUUGCGUUUGGUGGGCAUAUGGUAGCAUUUGCUGGACACAAGUAUGCAGCAAGAUCAAACCCAAUAUUGGUUUCUGACUCCAGUAACACCAUAACUAGUUUCACUUUGGUAAACUCAAUAACAUUUUGCAUGAAAAUUUUUCCUUCUUUCUCUCAUCCUCUCUUGGGCUAGCAUGAAAAUUUUAUUUAAAUUGUCAUACAGGUCCUCGAAUUCCAGAAGGGUACUCUUCAAAAUAUGUUUUGGAAUAACUUUGGAUGCGAUGCGUGCCAAGGGGAAUCUCUUGUCUGCCUUGAAAAUAAAUACUGUGCAGUACCAAACUCUAAGUGUAAAAACAGAGGUGGGUCUGUUGAUUGCAAUUUAAGCAUACAAGUGGCAUUUUCUGGUACAGAUAAGAAUCUUCGUGCACUUAAUUCAUGGUAUGAGGUGAAAAAUCUUCGGCAGUACUCCCUCUAUGGUGUGUUCUCCAAUCUUCGUGAUUCAAUCACUAGCCCAUUCGACCAGCUCUUUUAAGUUUGUAUGUCCAGGUAAUAUGUAACAAUCAUUAUCUAUGAUGAUUUCGGUUAAUGAAUUUAUAACUUGUACUAUUAACUAGUGAGCUAAAUUUGGCCAA